UGCCUGUGGAAGUGUGUUAAGAAUAGACCCACAAUGGGGCUUGCUCCCGUCUUCUGUUGUCUGAGGUCGGACAGUUGUCUGCCGGGAGAGAGAGGAAGAGCUCAUUUUGAUGGUUUACUUCAGACUUUCAGAGACUUGGGGUGACUCAGAGGGAUCAGAUUGGAUUUUACCUGCUGGAAGGAAGCACAAAGUCUUCCUAGAAGAGAGUCUGACUGCUGAGGGAACAUUCUGUCCGCCAACCUGGAGGUUAUUGUGCAACUGGAAGCCAAUGUGCCCCGGGGUGGAAAGGUUGGAGGAGAUUUAGUUGCUGGCUUAUCUUUGGGGGCUUGGACUGAGAGACUGGAAGAUUUUGGAAGGCCUUAAGCACAGCAAGCAUGGCGGGAUCAAAUGCCUCUGAGGUCAUCCUUAUCUCUGUCAAUCACAGCAUCACUUUGAUGGGAAAAGUGUGGUUCAUUGUGAUGAUCCUCCUCCGUGUCCUCAUCCUCCUAUUCGCUGGUUAUCCUCUCUACCAGGACGAGCAGGAGAGAUUUGUGUGCAACACCAUCCAGCCGGGCUGUGCCAAUGUGUGCUACGAUCUGUUCUCUCCCAUCUCUCUGUUUCGCUUCUGGCUGGUGCAGCUUGUCACCUUGUGUCUCCCCUACAUCGUCUUCAUUAUCUACGUGGUCCACAAGGUGUCCAACGGCCUCACUGUGGAUUUAGUUUCUGAGGGACAAGUCAAAGCCUUUCCGUUGUUGAAGAUCCGCCAGGAGCUGUUAAAAAAAAAGACGUCUGCGAAGAAGAGGCCGUCGGUGGCUGAGCGAAGGUCAAUCCAAAGCUUCACAGGCGCCUAUAUCCUCCACCUGAUGUUCAGGACGUUGCUGGAGGUGGGGUUCGGGGCAGCUCACUACCACCUCUUUGGCUUCUACAUCCCAAGAAGGUUCCUGUGCCAGCAUCCACCAUGCACCACCCAGGUGGACUGCUACAUCUCCCGGCCCACAGAGAAGACCGUCAUGCUCAACUUCAUGCUCGCCGUUGCCGCUCUGUCUCUUAUUCUAAACAUGUUGGAUUUUAUCUGUGCCAUCAAGCGCUCUGUGAAGCAGAAGAGCAAGAGUAAGAUGGAGAAGAUGUAUGAGGAGGAGCGAUGUUUCCUUGCAGCUGCUGGAGGAGCCUCAAGUGGAGCUGAUCCAAACGCCUCGCUGGCUCAGCGGGAUGUGGAUGCUGGUCAGACGGGGAGUUUUAGGAAGAGGCGAGGCAGUAAGAGCUCUUGUGUAGGGGGAGCUCUCCCUCCAGGUCAGGAACCCCUCUCCAGAUGCUCUCCAGGACCUCUAGGCUGCAACACCAACGGGAACAACGACUACUCUGUGACUCAAGACGAGUCUCUGGAGAAGAACGGCAGCGAGGUGGCUCUUUGCCCACCAGAGCCAAUUGGGACGCCGAGAUCCAUCCGCGUUAGCAAGCGCGGUCGACUCAAACCGCCACCUCCCCCCAGACGGGACCUCGGUUCAACAGCGCCAAUUGCGGACAUUUCCAUGAAAACCUGUACCAGGAGGGUUGGUCAGUACACGCUGGUUGAGCUGGGAAGCAGCCCGGAGCUGCAGAACAAUGAGGAUGGGCAGGAAAAGAGAUCAGAGUGGGUGUGACUAAGAGGGCGUGCUUGAUUCAUUUGUUUUCACGUUUGUUUGGGACACUUGGACAAAUAGAUGUGGAAGAUAUACCCCAAGGAUUCCUGUGCAAAUACGUGGUGUCAGAAAAAACAGAAAGGGGUUUCCUAAUGGGAAAUUCACAUGAAGACUCCUUAAGGUCUAAACAGACACCUAUAAUAUAUAUAUUAUAUAUAACCAUAAUCCAGGAUUUGCAGACUUUGGGUCAUUCCCCAAAACUGCCAACGGUGCCAGUUGGAGAUGUUUUCUUACUUACCUGCACAAGAAGGUUUGGUCAGGAUACGAUGGCAGAGCUGGGCAACAACCCGGAGCUGUAGACCAAUGAGGACAAGUGGGAGAAACGAUCAGAGGGGUUGUGGUAAGAGGGCUGGAUUUAUUUAUUUAAAGCUUAUUUGAAACACAAGACUUGGACAAACAAGUGUGAGUGAUUCACGUAGUGUUGGAAUAAUCUGACAAUGAGUUUCAUUCAGGGCACGAUCGUGUAGAGCUCCCUAAAUGUGGAACAAAAAGUCAAAAGUCGGAGAAAACUUUGGUUUCCGCAUUUCCAAGUUGACAGACUUGAUGUUGCAUUUUGCUGAAACAUGGCAGACCAAAUCAAAGGUUGGUUUGAUGGUCAGAACUUAUUGUACUACAAGACUGUUUCCUCCCUCAGAGAGCCAACAGUGCCUGUUGGGGGAUGUUUCUUUACCUACCUGCUCCAGAAGAGUUGAUCAGUAUGUGUUGGUGGAGCUGGGAGGGAGCCCAGAGCUAUGGAUGGGUUAGAGAAAAGAUCAGAGUAGGUGUGAUAAGAGGGCUGCGUUGAUUGAUUUAAAAUGUAUUUUAGACGAAUGGAUGUGGGUGAUUCACAAACAUUAGUUUCUGACCAAGAUACAUUUUUUAAAGCUCCCAUGAGUCUGAAAUUGGAGAACAUUUACAAGACUUGCAGAGUUGACAGAAUUCACUUUUAUUUUAUCAUGUUGAAAAAUUACAAACCAGAUGAAUCCCUGGCUUGAUGGUCUAAAAGUGUUUUUAUAAUCUAAGUACUGAAGGUCAUUUUUUGGCACAUUUAUAAAGUCUAAAAUGCAGUUAGGUUGCUUCCCAUAGUGAGUGACCCAGACCCACCUUAGAGCAAUUUAAUCAUUCUCACAUUAUGGAGUAAAAGAUCAUAAACACACAAAAGUCAGAACAACUUCAAGUAAACGGGACAAUAUUAAGGAGCAUUUGAACACAGCAUUACAAACACUGCCACGCUCCCUUCCCUGCUUUUCUUUAACUUGAGGGGAAUUCAAAACGGCACUGCAUCCAACACACACCUUAGACUCCCGUGACAUAAUCAAAUCUGCUGCGAGUGUAUCACGCGAUCAGAUCCCGCCGCCUGCAAGGAGUGUUGGGGCUGAGUGAUGCAAAGAGACAAGAAUUCAAGGCAUGAAUACGAAUGUCCAGCCUUAAGCGUCCUUGAACAAACAUCAACCUUGAGAAAUUCUAAAAGAGUGCGGCCCACCUGUUUCUUCUCUUGUUGUCUUUACCCCCCUCCUCCUCCCCGGAAACACUGUCCAUAAACAAAGACAAGCCAUGACCUGUCCUGCAUAUACAACCCUGACCUCCCAACACUCUAUACGAUACCAACACAGAGGCCUUCUUCUUUGAGUUUGGGUCACAAGUGUCAGGCGACGUGUGCAGCCUCUAGGCCCUGAACCUGGGUGUUUGGGUGACCUCUUAAAAUCUGAGGAAGUAGACAAAAAAAAAGUCUGGCCAUGGUGAUGCAUUCAAGGUCAUAGAGGUGAAUAAAAAAAGUGGUUUCAGAAGUAAAGGACGCUCUGAAAGCCGAAACAGGCUCACAAAGCAAUUAUGUUCCCCCAUAGGAGCUCUGUAUUUAUGGAGACAGCUUGUCACUCUAUUUCAGGGCCUUGUGGAGCUUAAGAGCAGCACAAGCCUUAACAAACACAGUGACACAGAAAUAGAGCAGAGGAGAGAUAUCUGCUCUGUGCCGGCUGUGGCUUUGGUUUCACCUUGAUCAGAGCUCAGAUUAAUCAUCACAGAUGGUAUUUAUAGGGUGUCUGCUUUAUUGUUUAAUUAACAGUAUUUUCUUGAAAUCUUUAUCCUGUGUGACACUGAUGAUUGUGAGGAGACUCCCACAGUAAAUCAUCGUCCUCCUCCCAGCGGUAUCUGCCUCUCUGUGUAAACCGAUAGCUCUGAUCUUUCUCCUCUUGAGCUCUCUUUGAAGGUGACAACAAAAAGCUCCCGGCCUCAUAUCUCACCCAUCCUCUCACCUACAGUAUCUACCUGGGGUGACAGCCAGGGGGAGGGUGGGGGGGGGGUCCUUCUUCAAACCUCAGCUGGUCUGAUGGUGCUGCACCUCCUUCAUUUGGGCUGGCUGCACACAGACAGACGAUUUUUCAAAUCUGAAUCGAUUUUUAAAAACUUGGGAGACCACAGACAUGAGGACAGACUGAGCCAUACACGCCCAAAAAAAAUCCAUAUGCUACUUUACCUGCCUGCUGAGUAUCUGAAACACUUCCUCAGAUCUCCUCAUCUCCAUGUGGAUGGUUUUUAAUUUGACUCAUGUUCUCAUGGGUUACAUAUGAAACGGCGCAUUAUUUUUUGUAGGUAUAAGUACGAACAGUGAAUGAGGAAAAACCUGAAGGACGUGACUUCCAACUAAUUUAAAGUACUAAAGGACAGAGAUUUAACAAUCUUUGUAGCAUGCUCACUUGGCAUUGGAUUUCUGUUAUGUUUUCAUGUUGAUUAAAACCCUUCUGUGCCUUUAUAUUUACACCAGUUUUAUUCCAAUGACACUUCCUGGUUAUCUUCCAGUACAAUGUCAAAUCACUUUAUGUACAGUUUCAUUCUCUAUUACUGUUCAUGCAAAGUUAGUUUCUUUAUACAGUUAUCUGUUUGUGUUUGAUUUCUAACGUUUCUGUGUGUCACUCAUCGAGCCUCACAUGUUAAAUGAUCUCUCUUUAUGGACCUGAUGGCUGCUUGUUUUUGUUAUCAUGUGAUUUCAGAUUAUGUAAUUUUUAUAAAGCACUUUAUUUUGAACCCUUUUUUUCUUUAAUCCCUCCCUCUGUGCCGAAACGGCUGCAGGUCUUCUGUAGUUUGGGAUCAUGCUGCCCUCUGCUGGCGAAAAAUGUGACAUGUUUUGUUGUUGUAUAUCAGUCUUACCGUCCAUCUGUGUGUGCUGUUUGUCUGUGUGUGCUGCAAAUGACAGGAGCUGCUAAACUAUUUUUUGUUGUUUUUAUAGCAAUAAAGAUAUAUUCUAUUCUAUUCUAUUCUAUAUGAUCCAAUCCUUAAGUUGUGAAGUCAAAUCUUGAUAUGUAAAUAUUUGUAUUUUCUUGUGACACUUUCUUUCUGUCA